AUGGAAGAGUACGAUUUUUAUGAAGAUUGCUCUGAUUCUACUCCUAAGCUUAGGAAAAAUGAAUUAUAUCCGAAGAAUUCACAGGCAUCUUCAACGACUUUGGCAACUUUUUGUACAGAUUCUGACUUUAUGCAGUUAUCUUCAAGCUGUUUACCACAACUAGACAACCAAGAUUGAGCAAAAAGCUCUAAGAAUAUUACUGGAGACACUAAUCUGCUUAAAAAGAAGUCUAAGGUAGCUUUGAAGCAGAGAAGGACCAACUCUCAGAAGAUCUGAGACCUUGAGUAUGGAUCUCAAUUAACAAUGCCGAUGAUCGGAAUUGAUGAGGCUAGUAAUGAAGAAGAACAGUCUCCAGAACCUAGAAAAAAUGGGUUAGGAGUUAUUAGUGAAGAAACUGGGGGAUAUGUCUUUCCAAAAGUCAAAGAUACAAAGGAAGUAUCCAUUUCCAAAUUUUUGGAUACUUUACAGAUCCAUCAAGUGUUUCCAAGCGAGGUGAAUAUGAUCAGGCUAAAAUUUAUGAGCCAGCAUGAUAUCCCAGUGCCUAAGUUAUCUUUGAGGAACAACAAGUUGCUUAUCAAAAGAAAAUCUGAUAAGCUGAUUACUCUCUCUGGUUUGAUGUAACUAACUUAGAUUUGGGAAAUACAAUAAUCAUUAAGUCAUUGUUCAAGAUGGCGUCUAUUAAGCAAGCAUGGUUAAACCUAAGUCUUGCUGUAACUAUCAUAAUUUUUGAUAAUACCUUCC